AUGCCUGAAGCCAAUAUCGGCGAUAUCAAUGGACAUGCGGUGGCCUCGUCUCCUUCUCUAGACUCUAGCAGGCCUUAUGCGAGCUCCUCGUCCGAUAUCUUCAAUGCCAGCUCUCUCGCAGAAAUUAAGGCUACUUUAUCGCGCCUUCACGAACAGGAGACGUCGGUCACAGCUCGAUUAGAUGCCCUCGUCGCCUCUCAGAAGGAUUUUUCACGUGAACUAGGUCGAUUGGAUUUGCUCCGUGCGCAUCUCGGCUCCCAAACCACCACCACUCGAUCCAUCAGCCAUGGCAUGCUCACAGAGGCCGCGGCCACCGCAGAGAGAAUCUCAAGCGCAGUCCGCCGCCUGGAUCUGGAAAAAUCUCGGGUAAAAUCUACUUUAGAUGUGGUGGAACAGGUUUCUGAACUCAAGGCCUGUGUGCUAGGAGUCGCGGGCUCCAUGGGUGCCCCGCAGGAUUGGGAAACAGCAGCCAGCUAUCUGAAUCGGGCAUCCAAAGUCCCACCAGAAGUUGUUCAUGGAGCUUUCGCGGCUGAGAUGGUGCCUACGGCGGAAGUUCCGGACCCGCCAAAUGUAACCUUGGAUAAUGCUGCUGAAUCCCUCUGUGGCUUGUUCUUGCGCGAAUUCGACAGGGCCGUCAAGGAGAGCAAUGGCGCCAAGAUAACGCGGUUUUUCAAGUUAUUUCCUCUUAUCGGCCGCUCAGAUGUUGGCCUUGACGUCUACGGGCGUUACGUAUGCCAGGGUGUGGCGUCACGAGCGCGAUCCAACCUCAAUGCUGGGGCAGGAACUCAAAGCCAGGAUGGCUUCUUUUACGCAAAUGUUCUGACCAAAUUGUUUGAACAUAUCGCUCAAAUUGUUGAUGGUCAUGGGGGACUGGUAGAGCGACAUUACGGUCCGAGAAAGAUGAACCGAGUUAUUGAGCGACUACAGCUUGAGGCAGAUGUCCAAGGCGGUAUCAUUCUCGACACCUGGGGUGAUGAGAGGCAUGUGGAUCGCAAGCUGACUGACAUCAAAUCAUAUGCAUUUACUUUUCUAGUACAAAGCUUUCUACCUCCUCAGCGCAGUGCCACACCGCGGUCGAACUCCCCUGCAAACCGGGAUGGGGCUUCAGCGGCUGAGGAUGAGGGUGUUGACAUGAAAGAGAUCGACGGAAUACUAAAUGAGAUGGCAGUUAUGCUAGGUCGUUGGUCACUAUAUUGCCGAUUCUUGGCGGAAACAUGCAAUACUCCUGACGAAGACGACAAGUCGUAUACGCCGCCUCAAUUCCUGCAGCAAUCCACUUUAUCGAAAAAGGUCAAUGACCGACUUAUUUCUCCAUUUAAUGCCAUGACCACCUUCUUCUUCCGCCGGACAGUUGAGAAGGCAUUCCAGCUGGAUGAACAGCCCACUGGUCUGACAUUAAACCCGCAGAGGCCACUAAAGGCUGACCCGCCAUAUAUCACCUCGGCCGUCGAUGACAUCAUGUACAUAGUCAACAAAGUCCUACAGCAAUCACUUGCAACGUCACAAAUCGCGGUAGUUACUAAUGUUGUGCCGACUCUGUCUCGUGUGCUAGGGUCAGAUUUCAUUGGAAUGACACAACGGAAAAUGCGGGAUGAAUGCUAUCCGAGAGCAUCAGUACAAGGAGCUCAGCCUCCGGAGCAUCUGAUAGUCUCUUUUCUAGUCUUGGUCAAUAAUCUGGAUGUAGCCGUUGAUUACAUCCGACGCAUUGUCCAGACGCAUACCGAAACCAGGAAGACUAUAACUGGUCCCAACGGGCAAACUGAAGAGACGGACCAACUACAUUCCCUCUUUCCUAUCACUGCAGAUGCCAAGCUCGCAGCGCAGACGUUGCAAGCCCUAUCAUCAUCUUUUGAGUCUAAGGUCAACGACCUUCUGUCCGAUGGCAUUCAAGUCGUGUUCAACAACGUCAUCAAGCAUCGCCUGCGGCCCAUUUUAGCAGACGCAUUCCGAGAUAUUGAUUAUCAACCCGGAGGUGACAAUGACCCCACCAGCACUUCGUACCAUGAGUACGACCGUGACGAGGAUGUGGAUGAUACUGCCAGCCGUGCGGAACUUGUCCGUCCGCGUUUUGCAGUCAGUUGGGCUGAACUCCUUGUCCCAAUAUCUCGUAUACUUACGGCGUCUGCCUUUGACCGUCUAUUAACUAUCACGGUGGCUUAUCUCUCCCGACUUUUGGAGAAGCGACUCUGGUCGUAUCAAGGUCGUGUCAACGCACUAGGCGCCACACGACUAGAACGAGACAUCUCGGGAAUUGCUAGCGCGGCAGUGGAUGUUGGCGGCACGCAUGGCGCACCAGGAAGAUACCGCCACCGGGAGGCAUUUGCUCGCUGCAUGCAAAUGACGUUAAUCAUGGGCAUGGAUGACGACGAAUGGGAGGAUGUAUUACGUGGAGGCGAGACAGCGAAGUAG